CUGAAGACAUUCUGAAUAUAUUCUGUGUCCCUCCUUCUGGUCUUCGGCCUCCAGCUGCUGAGCUGCAGAGCGUCCUGGAACCCUUCCUGCUCCGUCGAGUCAAGUCAGAAGUGGCCGUCGAUCUGCCGAAGAAGACGGAGCUGCUGAUGUACCACGGCAUGUCGGCCCUGCAGAAGAAAUACUACAAAGCCAUUCUGAUGAAGGAUGCGGAGGCUUUUGGAAACGAUCAGGGCAACAAGAACCGGCUGCUGAACAUCCUGAUGAACCUGAGGAAGUGUGUGGACCACCCGUACCUGUUUAAUGGAGUGGAGCCGGAGCCCUUUGAGAUGGGCGAGCAUCUGGUGGAAGCCAGCGGGAAACUGUGUCUUCUGGACGCCAUGCUGACCUACCUGCACAAAAGAGGUCAUCGGAUCCUGCUGUUCUCUCAGAUGACGAGGAUGCUGGACAUUCUUCAGGAUUACAUGGAGUUCAGAGGUUACAGCUAUGAGCGUCUGGACGGGUCCGUCCGAGGGGAAGAAAGAAAUCUAGCAGUGAAGAACUUCAGCAGCAAAGAUAUCUUUGUGUUUCUGCUCAGCACUAAAGCAGGCGGAGUUGGCCUGAACCUCACCGCUGCCGACACCGUCAUCUUCAUGGACAGCGACUUCAACCCUCAGAAUGACCUGCAGGCUGCUGCUCGCUGCCACCGGAUUGGUCAGAACAGGCCCGUGAAGGUGAUCCGCCUCCUGGCCAGAGACACCGUGGAGGAGAUCAUGUACUCUCGAGCUGUGUCCAAGCUGCUCCUCACCAACACGGUCAUUGAAGAAGGUCGCUUCUCUCUGCUGGACCAAGCUCAGUCAGCUGCUGCAGGACUUCAGCUCAGUGAGAUCUUGAAGUUCGGGGUGGAUAAGCUUCUGUCAUCGGAGGAGAGCUCUGUGACGGAUGUGAAACUGGAGAAGAUCCUCGGUCCGUCUCGUGACGGUCAGUGGGUGGAGGAAGAGGAAGAAGAGGAGGAGGAGGAGGAAGAAGAAGAAGAAGAGGAGGAGAGCGGCUCUGCAUCUGACAGGCAGAACCACAUGUACUACUUUGAGGGCAAAGACUACAGCAGAGACCCGAGCUCUGAAGACCAGAAGAGCUUCGACCGUCUGCUGGAGGAGCAGCUGGCCGACUUCCAGAGAACUGCAGGAGACGGACGAGCUCUACGGCACAAAGCUGGAGUAAGAGUCUGUCUCACGACUGAUGGGAGCAUCAUGCCACAGUGCACGUUGUAUAUCGCACAUGUUUAUUCUAGUCUUAAAGAGACAGUACUGAUGUUCUGUAGUGUGUGUAGUGAGGUUGUCCUCCACAGUCAGG